UUGCCAGUUGUUUACGUUUAGUCAGUAUCACACUGUAGUGUGCGUCGGUGUACUAUUGUACAGCGUAUAUUAAUUAAGUACAUUAUCAAUGGGCAUUGAGCAAUGAGUUAUGAGUGAGAAUACCCGUAUCUGUUUUAUUGACAUUUUUAUAUAAACAGAUUUUUGGAUGCGCGGGUGCGGUACCUUGAAAUAUAUUGUAAAUCAUAAAUGUGAUAAUUUACCAGAAUGGCUGCCUUCGAUGUUGUGCUCGGAUGCGUGAUGGCCCUUCUCAUCAUACUAUUUUCCAUUAGUUCUAUUGCUAGGUAUUACAUAAAGUUUACAUUAUUUGCAGUUCUAUCGCUAAUAUUUGCAACAGCACCCCUUCCGCUCAUGCUGUUUAGGCCUUUUGACCCCAAGAACGCUUUAAUACCAGCAGCCCUUUUGAGGUUUUCUGCUCGUGUUUUGGGUAUUCGAUGGACUGUUCGAGGAGUCGAGAACGUUGACGACUCCAGAGGUGCCGUGGUGUUACUCAAUCAUCAGAGUUCCUUGGAUCUAUACAUACUAGCGGUACUAUGGCCUCUGAUGGCGCGAUGUACCGUGGUUUCGAAGCGCUCUCUACAGUUCCUGGUACCAUUUGGCACUGCGGCUUGGCUCUGGGGCACUGUUUUCAUCGAUCGAGGCUCUGCCCAUUCCGCACGGUCCGUGCUAAACCAGCAGACAGAAGCUGUUCGCGAUCAUAAGCGGAAACUAUUGUUGUUCCCUGAAGGGACAAGACACUCUGGCGAUAAGCUGUUGCCCUUUAGAAAGGGCGCGUUCCACGUCGCUAUGGAUGCCGGCGCUCCUAUUCAACCAGUGGUUGUUUCAAAAUAUCACCAUAUAGAUGCAAAAAGACAUAGGUUUGGAUCAGGUCAUAUCAUCAUAACGAUAUUGCCUUUGAUCGAAACGGAGGGUGUGAGAAAGGAAGACAUAUCAUCUCUAAUAGAGACGGCGCAAAGCAAGAUGCAGAAGGAGUUCAGUCGCACAUCCGCGGAGACUCUUUCUAUGUUACAUGUAAAAGACAAUUAGAGGUAGUAUAAAUUAACGUAAACGGGGCUGUGAUAAUUUCAAAUGUUCGUGGUAAACAUAAUAAUUACUAAAUAUAUGUAUAAAUUUAAUAUACAAGCAAUAAAUUAUUAAUUUAA